CGCUGCCGGCGAGCAGGUGACACCGCGGGCUGCCCUGCGCCGUGUGCGCGGCAUGUGCGCGCCCGCUUAGCGCGGGCUGCCCCCAUGGGCAGCGGCGCCGGCUCCUUCCUCUGCCCCCCGUCUCUGGAAGUGCAGGCAGGAAACGCUCCUCAUGUCUCCCAGAUAAAAAUAAAAGCGACUCCCUCUUCCCGGCCGCAGAGUGCCCCCGCGAUCGGCCAGACGCGGGGCUGAGCCGGCCCCGCCGCCCGGCAGCGCUUCUCGCCGCCGCCCGGAGCGCCUCUCCCCGCCGUCGCCCGCCCCAUGGAUAUCGCAACAGGUCCCGAGUCCUUGGAAAGGUGCUUUACGCGGGGCCAGUCGGACUGCUCAAAGAUGCUGGACGGUAUUAAAAUGGAAGACCACCCUCUGCGCUCGGGUCCGGCCACGUUAGGAGUGCUGCUGGGGUCGGACUGCCAGCACCAGGCCGUCUGCGAGGGCUGCCAGCGGCCCAUCUCGGACCGGUUUCUGAUGCGGGUGAACGAGUCCUCCUGGCACGAGGAGUGCCUGCAGUGCGCGGCGUGUCAGCAAGCCCUCACCACCAGCUGCUACUUCCGGGACCGAAAGCUCUACUGCAAGCAGGACUACCAACAGCUGUUUGCUGCUAAGUGCAGUGGCUGCAUGGAAAAGAUCGCCCCAACAGAAUUCGUGAUGAGAGCCCUGGAGUGUGUUUACCACUUAAGCUGCUUCUGCUGCUGUGUCUGCGAACGGCAGCUGAGGAAAGGGGACGAGUUUGUUCUUAAGGAAGGGCAAUUGCUCUGCAAAAGUGACUAUGAAAAAGAGAAAGACUUGUUGAGCUCGGUCAGCCCAGACGACUCAGACUCAGUUAAAAGUGAUGAUGAAGAUGGGGAUGUUAAGCCCACCAAAGGACAAGUAACACAAGGAAAAGGAAGUGAUGAUGGGAAGGACCCAAGAAGACCUAAACGACCAAGGACAAUACUUACUACACAGCAGAGACGAGCAUUCAAAGCAUCCUUUGAAGUGUCUUCCAAGCCCUGUAGGAAGGUCAGAGAAACACUAGCAGCUGAAACAGGCCUCAGUGUGCGAGUUGUCCAGGUCUGGUUUCAAAACCAAAGAGCAAAGAUGAAAAAACUAGCACGAAGGCAUCAGCAGCAGCAGGAGCAACAAAACUCGCAGCGACUAGGGCAAGAAGUAAUGUCCAACCGAAUGGAAGGGAUGAUGACAUCUUACACACCACUUGCACCACCACAGCAGCAGAUUGUAGCAAUGGAUCAAAGCAGUUAUGGCACAGACCCAUUUCAGCAGGGUCUCACCCCUCCACAAAUGCCAGGCGACCACAUGAACCCUUAUGGAAACGACUCCAUUUUUCAUGAUAUCGACAGUGAUACCUCUUUAACUAGCUUGAGCGACUGUUUUCUUGCCUCUUCUGAAGUUAACUCCAUGCAGGCUAGGGUAGGAAAUCCCAUUGACAGGCUGUACUCUAUGCAGAGCUCCUAUUUCGCCUCAUGAAAAUAAAAGAAAACAAACAGCCGGCGUAUAUUUAGCCAGUGACUAUUUCCAGUGCAGACUCUACAGCCAUAUGUUGCCCAGCUCUUCCUUCACAGUGACUCCUGUUGCCUCUGGACUGCAAAGAGCAUUUUUUAGGAAGACUGUAUCUGUGUGCAUAUAUGUGUAUGUAUGUACAUAUAUAUUAAUACCUACCUACAUACAUACAUAUAUAUAUAUAAACAAAACGCAUCCACCAGUCCCAUCCCCUUGAUUCCCAGCUUGCACCAGACCACGAGACAAGCACGGAAGGAACAGAAGACCCUGCUCGUCAGAAGCCUUUGGUUUGGUUUUGAGCUCAUCGUUGUACAGGAAAUGGAUUUUGCGGAAAGCUAGACCUUUUCCUCCUUUCUCUCUUCCUUUCUUUUGGAUGUUUAAGCUUUGUUUGUUUUGUUUGGGUUUUUUUUAAAGCCACUGAUACUGACAUUAGUCGACCAUAUGACAAAUAAAUCAAGGAAACUGGAGAUUCCUCCCUUUUCUUACUGCAUGAUUCAUACUAUGUUGUGGAUAAAUUGCCAUUUGAGCUGUGAGAAGUUAAUGUAAAUGUGACGUUCAACAUUUGUUUCCUUUCUACACUUUUUCUACAUAACCUAGAUCUGCUCAUUAGUUUAUAGCCCUUACGCAUAUGAUACUGAGGAAAGUGGUUAACAGUAAUAUUUGUGGAGAAAGCCAGUGAUUUCAUAAUAAGAAAGGUCUAUGACCCUGGAGAGGAGAUGCAUGUUAGGGACAGAGGCAUUUAGGUUAGUAUUGAUCUUAAAUAAUUAAAACUAAAGGUGCUUACAAGACAGUUUUAUUUAAUUCUCUUUUUUUGAAGUGUGAGAAUAAACCAUUUACAUUUGUCUGGAAGUACUGCAGUGCCAAAUUCAAGUCUAGACCAUGACUGGCAAACAUGUGUUGUUCAUUCUGUUCUGUUUAUUUAUGUUUUGCAUGAGGCAUAAAUGUUCUCCAUUGUCCAUCUGGAAUAAUUAAGCACUCCUUUAGUUAAUUAUCUCGCCUCAGCAAGAAUCUGUGAUACACAGUUCUAGCCUGAACCAUCAGAAGUCCUGAAACGUGCUCUAACUGGAGAAAAAAACAGCAUGAAAGAGAUCACAAUGGGAGGUUUAGGUAUGUUGAGCUGAAGUCUAAGCUGAGUCCUGCAGGUUUCACACUGACAGGACUCCUGUAUUUACAAUAAAUACUCAAGUAACCUGUUAGUGCAAAUGUAAGAUGAACAAGUACACAAAUUGAAGGUAAUGUCCCAGCUGAAGUCUGAAUGUCUCAGAUGCUGAAGUUUGAGCAUAUGUCAUAUAGGUUUUCGUAGGGCAUAAAAUAACAUAAAUAAUAAUAGUAUAGUUAUAAAUAUUGCCUGGUGAUAAUUAUAAUGUGGAGAGGCAGACAAGUACGGUCAUGGCUCUUAGUGGAGAAAACUUCAUGGGGAAAAUUUGCCAGGGUAAUAUCAGUAAUUAUAGGGUGUGUUCAGAAUAGAGCUCAUGGGGAAAGAUUGGCAGGAUAGGAACUUUCUUAAAUAAAUACCUUUAAUAUAUUGACCAUAAUAGCUGAAAACAAGUCCAAAGCAUUGGCUAAUCCGAUUUCUCCACGCUGAGGACUGGUACCAGGCCAGCGCUGCAGAGUCUCCCGUGGGACUCAGCACCUUCUGUAGGGAUUCUCUGGGACACCCAUUGGGGUGGGGGUGCCACUGGGAAGAAAGCAAAUCCACUGAGCACAGAGAACAUAUGGCCUUGGCAGAGGUGGGUGUCCUGCUGGGGAGCCUUUUAGAGAGUGGCUCACCCCUUCACUGAUGGAGGAAGGUUCUCCUUGUGCCCCAGAGGGGUGGAUAACAAGGAUCAGAUGAUAAGUCUAAGGGAGUAAAUAAGAUCACAUUCCCUACCCAAGCAUGGAAACAUGGACCAAGCAUGUUAGAGGUUGCGAAAGCAAAAGGUGCAUGUGUUUUCACUCUGUGGAGGUGAGGAAAGCACCAGGAAGGAAACUGUGUGUGCAGUGCAGGACAGCCAAGUGCAGACCCCAGGCAAACCCUCCCUCUACUGUCUGCCACGCACACAGCUCUUCCCAAGCAAACCAAUGUCUCAGUGAGGAUUUGGGAUGACUCUCCCCUCCCUGUUGGUUCCCCUCUCCUCCCUGUGUGGCAGCAGCCCUAUCUGCAGACUGCCAUACCCAGGGAAAAGGGGCCAUUGCACCCCUGUGCUUUUGCUAGUGACCAUUGCUCGCUUUCUGACAGGGAUGUGGAUUUUCAGUCGAAGGUUGUGAGCCCCUGGAUAUGUUUUGAAAUUGGAAGAAUUUUCUUUUCUUACCCAUCCCCUUUGAUUAUUUCUCCCUUUCCCUGUGUAUCAAAAUAAAUAACAAUUUCCUUUCUCUCUGCAUGACCGCAAACAUCUAUAAAGAACUCAGGUGAUCCUCACUGCUUGCAGGGCAGACGGCAAGCAGAUUUCAUACGGCACAUUUUAAGCAUUUGUCACCACCAAUCUCAAUGGAUUCAUCAAGUUUUCCUCCCCACCCUUCUGCUGUGCUACUUUAGAAUCAUAGAAAAGCAUCUUCACCAUCUCAAACACACUGGGUUUAUAGCCUCUACACAUAGGCACAACCUUACUUCAUCCCUCAUUACUGGCAGGAUCAAAAUGGCAUUUUUAGUGUUUACAGGGACUUAUAUGAGAACUAUAAUGUGACCUACAGUUUGGAGAACUGCCUUGUCCCAACUCUACCUCUGCUUGUGGGCUGGAUGUUGAAAUAACAAUCCAUUUCCAAGGAAAGAAUCAGAUAUUCCAUUUUAUAGCUGAAGUAACCAUAAUCUUUUGCUGAUUUUUUUGGAUGACUGCUACCCUUUUUUUCCUUUUCUUUCUUUUCAUUGCUUGUACAUACCAUCCCCGCUUCUCUUGUUGUGUUGGAUGAUGAUGCCUUAGCUGUUUGUUCCCCCAUAUUCUACCAUCUCUGGUGCCACAUGCACGACACGGUCGAGCCCUCUGGCACACAUAACGUUUCCCAUGCCACUGUGGGUUGCUGCUGGUCAAGGGAAGGAAUGCAUAGCCAAUGAUUUCCAAUGGACCCGUUAUAUCUGGCAAAGGCCAAAGUUCAUUAAAGCAAAAUAAAUGUCACUUUUUUUUUGUGGAAUGAAUUACCCUACUGGAGUGUGAUCAUUGUGGUUUUAACCUGGGACCUGCAGUAAAAGAUUAUAGAGCAACCUCUGACCUUUUUGAUUUCUGCUUUACUCUUCUAUUGUCAAGGGAACUUCACUGAUCAGGUGAAAGUAAAAUGUUUAAUGGGCCAUAUCACAGUAAUAUCUUACACUGAGUCAAAUUGAUAAAGUCUUGCCAAAAAUUCUUAGCAUCUGGCACUUCCACGGAAACCACAAACAAUGAUUGCACAUAAGGGAGCUUGAAGGCUAGAGGUCAUGACAGCAGUUUAUUACACGCACCUUACAGUGAUCAUUUUCCCUAGGAAAUUAACCCCUCUCUAAUAUAAGUGCAUCAAGUGAGCUCUUGACGGCGUUUCAAUCAUGUUGUUUUGGCUAAGCAAGGAAUACAUGUUAAGCUUAAGUGGUGACAAGAUGCAAUUAAGUAAAAGAUGAUUGAUUAGGUUUCAGUGUUUGCUCAGUAACGUUUAAAAAAGAUGGUUGUGAGAUCAGAAUGAACAUACCAAGCACCAGCUCCCUCAAAGGUCCUUAGCGUGCAGUUACCAGGUGGUAGCAGUGGCACAUGAGAGAUUUGCUGGCAUUCAGGAAUGGCUGCUGAGCAGCGUGGCCCUUGAUCCCACCACUGGGCUCUUGCCUGACCAGCAGCACCUUUCCGUUGCACAGCUGACUGUUGAGAGGACAAUUCCUACCGUGCACUGCUGUUCUCAGCCCCUGUUUACCGCAGCACUGCGGAUUAAACCCUGUAUCAUAAGCAGUUAGGGGCUGGUGGUAAAUCUGUAUCACAGUCACAACACGGAAGACAGUUAAAUUACUGCAAGUAAAGAAUGGUGGUUGCGAUCACUAUGGCUCAAACACUAUUCUAGGCAUUUUUAUCUCCUUUUCUUCUUUAAACUCUGUCAUGAAUAACAUCCUAAUCACUUGGCUCAGUUGCUGCUAACCAUGCCUGAAAUGUGACUCAAAUUAGUCCUUAUGAUGGUUGUGAGUGGAUCUCUGGAAGCCACCCUGCACAAGUCAGAUGAGUGUUACCAGGUCUUUUGAAGGGGUCAUUGUCAGCAGCAACUCAGCCACCUCACUGUGCUGUCACUGCAUGGGGAAGGUACUCCAUGCUGGCAAACCUUCCAGGGAUGAUGUGAACCCACUUACCUCUUCCUACUGUGCUCAGGACUCCCUUCCAGUUUCCUUAAGGAUCAGAAGUAUAUCCCAAGCCACCACCACAGGUGCCCCAGGGAACCCGACUCUGUGAUGCUGCUAGGGAUGCUGCAAGCUGGGGUUUGGGAGAGCUCCUCUUUGAACCAUGUCGUAAUAACUCUGGUUGUCCCUAAAAGCCACUAGAAAUUAACAGCAGAACCCAGGAGGAAGGGAAGGGUUCUCACAAGCCUGCAGCUUGGUCACAGCAGUGAAAGGACCGAGAAGCUACUGAGGCACAUCAAAGCCAUGGGAGCUGGAGCCACAGUAUGCACAGUCUCAAGUGCUCAGGAUAGUGCUUUACACAGCCCCAUGCCCAAACCACGUCAUGUGUUUCUGAACAGCAGAUGCUCCCUGUGUGUCUGGGUCCAUCACCAGCCCAGUGGCAUGGGACAACGGGUGCUGCACCCACAGCAGCGUGGCCAGGGCUUCAGGCAUCUCUUCUCUUGGUUAGGGGGGUACCUGGGACUUGGUACCUCUUGGCAGGUACCUGAAGUCUUUCAGCUUUGAUGGGAUUUAAGCACAGUCUUGCUUGUUUGAGGCCUAGCUGAAUAAACUGACAACUAUUUGCCCUCCACAAGGAUGCAGCCAGGUCCCCUUGGUUCUGCACACCCUGUUUCUGCUCAGCAGUGACUGUGAAGGGACUGCCAGCUCCUUUGCAUUGGGAACUCUGUUUUUAAGUGAACACCCUAUUUUUUAGCUGUGUAUGGCUGUAUUACUUGUAUAUUUAUAUAUUCUGUAUUUAUGUUAUCGAAAUGUAGUAUUUUGUAGCUGUCUGUUACAAUUUGUUUAACUUGUAAAAAAAUAUGACUAUGCUCUCUCAUACUUAACCAGCUGCCUUUCACCAUAGACUCUCUGCUCCUUUCCCUCUGUGCUGGUAACAAACCACCAUAAUGUAUGUAGAUCGGAUUCUUGUUAUGUUUUUUUGGUUUGUUUUUUUUUUUUUAAUUUAAUUACUUGUCAUUGUUAAAUUAUUUAUUAGCGUUUUGAAAUUUCAAUUCACUGCAUUUUUUUUUCCUGCCACCAUUGCCUGGCACCUAAGAUACGUGAUGAGUUUCUCAUACAUUAUGCUCCUUCCCACGUGCGUGCACGCACACACACACACACUCUAAACAAAACCAGAAAAAGAAAAAAAAAAGAGAGAGAUGACACUUCAGUAUAUUUGUAAAUAAAAGCAACCUGUAAACAAAGCA